GAUGCUGGGCCCCCGCGGCGUGACGCGAGCACGGCAGCUCCGCCCCCUGCGUCUCUGGCCUCGCCGGCCUAGGGGGGAUGGUUCCAUCAUGGCGUCAAUGCAGAAACGACUACAGAAAGAACUGUUGGCUUUGCAAAAUGACCCACCUCCUGGAAUGACUUUAAAUGAAAAAAGUGUUCAGAAUUCAAUUACACAGUGGAUUGUAGACAUGGAAGGUGCACCAGGUACCUUAUAUGAAGGGGAAAAAUUUCAACUUCUGUUUAAGUUUAGUAGUCGAUAUCCUUUUGACUCUCCUCAGGUCAUGUUUACUGGUGAAAAUAUUCCCGUCCAUCCUCAUGUUUAUAGCAAUGGUCAUAUCUGUUUAUCCAUUCUAACAGAAGACUGGUCCCCGGCGCUCUCAGUCCAAUCAGUUUGUCUUAGCAUUAUUAGCAUGCUUUCCAGCUGCAAAGAAAAGAGACGACCACCAGAUAAUUCUUUUUAUGUUCGAACAUGUAACAAGAAUCCAAAGAAAACAAAAUGGUGGUAUCAUGAUGAUACUUGUUGAUGCCACUGUUAUCAUCCUCCUAGCAGAAGAUAGUCCUACUGAGAAAAAGAGCACUUUGAUCAUUCAGUCUUUGAACUUUAACCUUUGACUGGAAGUGACCUAUAGGCAAUGAAGACUACUUCCUUUUACUGCAUUUUUACUCGUGUGCAUUCUGGGCGCAUGUUGAUCGCUGGUUCAGUCCAGGCAACUGACAUGCUUUAUUAGUCAUACAGUAUUAAUGCAGGUGUCAGGAAAUGUCAAAUAUAAUUCCAUUUUUUAUUUUUAUUUUUUUAAGCUUUUGGAAAAGUUCCAGGUCCUCAUGUAUUGUGCAAUAACAUUGACUUCUUUGGCGGUUUGGGGGCGUUCAUUGCCGGCAAUGGACGUUGUAACAGGAAAAAUUUUCAUUAACUCCUGCCACCCAGUGAUUAAUGCAUGAUAGGGCCUAUGAAAUGAACUUAUCGGUUAGAAUGGGAUUAUAAGUAAAGUGAGGGAUCCAACAUUACCUUGAAAGUCACCCCAACUGUUUAUAUUUGGUUUCUAUGCACUGUGAACCUAAGGUUAACAGCAUGAAUUAACAUGCGUCUUUAAAGGACUGUAAUGAAAGAUCAUUGCGUAUUUAUUGAAUUGUUUAUAUUUGCUGUCAAAUUGUUUUGACAUGGACAGUUUUCAAGUAACAUUGGCAGAGAGGUACAAUAUGUUAUCCCUAUGGUGAAAAUAAAUUCAUUUGUUGUAUAUAGUUCCUCAAUCUCUGAAGUCAAGGUAUGAGUAAUAUAGGGUAUGAAUGGUUUAAUCAAGGCUUUAUUUUGGAAGUAAGGAAAACGGCAGUGAUGAUUAAACUGCUGCAGUCCAUAAUUUGGGCUUGUUAUUUGUACAUUAAUGAUUUUUUCCAAGUAGAUUACACUCUGUUACUUCCUGCUAGCCAUCAGCAUGAGCCCUACUGCUAAACACUAUUUCAUUUAUUUAUGUUUGGAAAAUCCAUAAACAUUUUUGUUUGCAAUUUUGUUUCUUUUGUUACGUUUUAAGUCAAGUUUGAAUGUUACAGUACUUUAAUUGAAGAACUUCUGUCAAGUUUUUUUCUUGUAAAUUUUCCUUACUUGUAAGUAUCAUCUUGUCCUUCAAUCCUGUACCCUAAAAUAAGAAAUACAUUUUUGACAGAGGCUUAAUGUUUUAACAAAAGAGUGUGGACAUUUUUAUUUUAAAAUUUAGGCAAAAGUACACUAUAGAAUGGUUUGUUUGCUUAUUUGUCUCACACGACCAUACCGUUUUUUUUCUGGAGGGAUUUUUUUUUUUCUUUCUGUUAUUUAAGACUUUGCUUACAGCUAGAUAACAUUUUUCUAUAGAAAAAAAAAUUGUUUGAAAGGUCCAGUUCUCAGUACCAUGUAAGUUAAUGAAUCUGCAACUAGGUUCUCUUUUUAAAAAGCGAUUAAUGUAUUUUAUAAAUUACCUUUUCACAUAUGCAAAAUCUGUUUCUACUACAAUGUUAUUUUUACUAAUGCCUAUUGUUGCACUCUUUUUGACAUAUCCUACAGUAAAUAUAUGAAUCAAUUUGGGCUUAAAAACAAAAGCCAGUUGACUAAAAGGUUUGAAAUAUGUACCCCAGCAAAACCAUCCAAUCAGUAAUUGGCAAAGAAUAUUUUAAAAAUUGUUUUUAAUCUCUGUAUUGAUGAUAUUUUGUAGCUUUGUACAUGUUAAUUAAGGGCAUAUAAUUUUACACUCAAAGUAUAAUUGUUGAACUCAGGGGUGGGUAGACUUCAAAAAUAUGUCUGCUGUAGAAAUAACUUGAAAAAAAUUUUUAAACAAUGGCCAGCCACCAAAUUGUGGACACUGUUUUUACUGCUAGGUAUCAACUACCACUGUUUAAAAUUGAAAACAUUUUUGUUCUAUCUCGACUAGAUAUACAUAAGUUCUCACUGUAGUCUCUAUCAAUCAUAAUAGUUGAGCAGUUUAAACAAAACAUAAAAUGGGUGUUUUUGGAAUGCUUUGAAACUACUUUUAGUUUUAAACUGCUUUUUAAUAUGAAAAUUGAAGCUGUAAAUUAUGUAUUUUUCAUAUUUUACACAACUGCUCUAAACUACUGAUUGACUAGAACAUUUUCUGGGGUGGGGGUGGGGGCUCUCUCUCCAUACUGCUGGUCCUCUUACUAAAAUCCUUUUUUAAAGAAAUGACCUGUGACAUUUAUUCACCAAAGGAAUUAAUAUACCAGGUCAAAGAUUAACAAUGCUCUAGUAUAGAUUAAUAGGUCCUAUAUAGCCUCAAUUCAGUUUUUUAAUACGAAUGAUAGUAUUUUUGAACAUACCUCUCUCUCUACGUAGAGAUACCAUACAAUACAUUAAAAUGAUGCAGAGGAAAGUAAAGGAAAGCCAAAUCAUUUUGGUACAUUUUAUGGUUUAAGAAGAAGAUAGGAUGAAAUAUCGUCAAAUUUAGAAGCAGCAACUAUUCAAAAUCUGCAGUCUGAUAACACCUUAUGCAUCACUUCCUUGAAUUUAGGAAAUCAUUGAAAACUCCUGUGCACUUAGAUUUAAUUAAUUUAAAAUGUAAGUUGCAUUAUUCAGAGACAUAAGAUGUUUUCCUGAGACAUGGCUCUAGAGAAGGCAGUUAACAGCUAUGUAAGAAUAAAAGCUAUUUCUCUGUAAUGUGUUGUUGAAUGACAACCAGAAUACCAAGAAUGUGUACAUAGGAAAAUGCUACUUCUCUGUUCCCUGCCUACCCUCUGUGGGGCGCCGCCUGCCCCUUAGGUCUACAGAAUUAUACCUUCAGAUUUAGACAAUACGUACGCUCUUCUUUUUUAUUUAUUUAUUUAUUUAUUUUAAGGCCAUUCUUCUGGUUUGCCAAAUUCUGUUAAGGCAGCGAUAUAUUCAGUUUCUUAUUUUGCAUGCUUAGAUCAUGAACUUGGUGCCCUUUCAGAAAGAAAAAAAAUAUAUAUAUGUCAGGUAGGUAAUUAAUGCCAUAGAUUUUAAAGAGAGAAAUGGUUUUCAGUUUUUUAAGAUAAAUUUUUAAAAACAAAUUUUAUGGCUGUCCUCUUAAGGGAUUUAAUAUUCAUCUCUAAGGGACUUACUUGUACAAAUUCCUCCUUUUUAGCUAACAGGGGAAUAAGAUUUUUUUUUUAAUCCACAGAAGAAAAUGCUAAAAAUGGCUUUUAUAUACAUACAGUUCAUCUGGAAAAUGAUCUUAAUCCUUACUGUUUUGACUAGGCAUAUAAAUAUUUGGUAUAAAGUAACUGGAAUAGUUUAUUACUUUUUCCCUUCUGAAAUUUUAACUACAUGCAAAAAUAUAUAUCAUUAGAUUCCUGUGGUGGAUAAUAAUUUCUUCAGAUUCUAAAACAGGUAUCUAGUGACUGCUUAAUUGUUCCCAGUUUGCAUCAAAAUUGAACUGACAAAUAAUGGAAAUGAGUAAUGAUAUGAAAAUGGUAUGUAACUACAUAUUACUUGUUUCUGGUAAUCAAGUCUUAUUUUUAAAAAAGCCUAUUGUUUUUGAGAAUUGAGAUAUUCAAAACUUGUUAAAGCUUCUUCCUAAAAAUAGAAAAGAAGAGGAGGUACUGUGUGUUUAAAAGAAAUUUUUUUUAAAUAAAGAAUUCAGUGUCACUAGUUCUAAGCCUUUAUGGUUACUGCUGCUAUAUUUCUUGAUCUCACUUUUAUUUAGUUUUUUGUACAUAUUUUAGCUAAAUGUUUUAAGAUUUAUAAUUGUGUAUGUAAGUUGAUUUCCAAAAAAAGCUGAAGCUUAACUAUAUGUAUUUUCUGAGGAUUCAUUGCUAUCAAAAGCUGCUACUGCACUAUUCUGUUAUGCUAAUACCGUUGCAUGAUUAAGAUCUGUGAAGAAGGUAUCUUUAAUCUUCACCUGCUGGCCCUAAUCCUUUUUGCAGACUUUUGUUUGUUUUUAUUCUUCCUUUAUUUUUCUUCCUCUCUUUACAGAUACAGUGUAUCAGUCCUCAGUGUCCCCUUCUAAUACCUGAAUUUUUCUCUCUUCUUCCCUCCCUUUUUUGCUUCCUCCUCCUUUCCUAUUUCAUUUCUCUUUCAUGAGGUUAGGAAAUUCAGAGGAAGAGAAUUAUUAAAAUUAUAUCAGAAAAUGUAAUAAAAAGAUUCCAUCCUCUAAGUAAAGAAUUUUAUUUUAGGCCAGCAAAUGGCUAAAUUUGUUGAAUUGGUUACUUGAUAAAUAAGCUGUCAUUAAUAAUAGUUCUCAAAUACUGCUGUUGAGGGAAUUUUCUUUUUUACUUUUUGGAUGUGCCGCUCCCAAAGCCUGAUUAUUGUCCAGUUAAAUUAAAUUACCUGUUCUGGUGAAAGUGUUUUUCCAUUUAAGUCUAAGCCAUUUCCAGAUUUGGAAUUUUUUUUUUUUUUACUUCUUCUUAAUGUAUGGCUGCACCCGUGGUUUACGAAAGUUCCCGGGCCAGGGGUUGAAUCCAAGCUGCAGCUGCAAGCUACACUGCAGCUGCAAGCUACACUGCAGCUGCAGCAAUGCCUGAUCCUUUAACCCACUGCGCCAUACCUCUGAGGUGACUCAGGCUGCCGAAGUCAGAUUCUUAACCCACUGUGCCAUAACGGGAACUCCUGGAACUGUUUUUGGUUUUUUUUUUUAAUAAUAAUUUGUGGGAGACUUUUAUUUUCUCAGCCUAAGUUUUACAUUGAUUUAAAGAUAGGCUUAUAUACAUUAUCAUUAGAGGCCCAUGGAAUCUAAACUUGGAUCUCUAUCCUUCAAGUUAAAGUUCUGGUUCUGACUGUGUUCCUGAUAAUUGAGGUGUUUAUUGUGAUUUUAAUUUUCACAUGUUAGGAUUGGGACUUAUAGUUGAGGAUGGAUCUCCAAAAUUAUUACAUGAAUAUCUUUUUUAUGAAAAUUAUAACAGGGUAAUAUCUGAAGCCAUUUUGAAUAUGUGGGAGAAAUGUCUGAUUAGAAGCCAGUAUAUCUUCACAUCCCUAAAGGACUCGAGUUUCACAAGUUGAGUGCAGUUGGCUGGGGAAAGGAGAAAAAGGUCUUAUUCUAUUUUUUGGCACAUACUCUAUCAGGGUUUUGAGAAAAGUUUGCUCCUACAAUAAUUCUCAUCUGUUUCUCAAAGGCAAAAGCAUGGUUUCCAAACUUACUGGGCUUUGGCUUGUUAGCUGUGAUUUCACCUAUCGUAUUUCUUGGCACAUUGAAUAACUGCAUAACCCUGCCUCUCUAAUGUAAAAAGCUGAAGCAAGACAUAUGAAGAAUUUGGUAGAUUGUGGCGGAUACCUUGUAAAUGCAAGUCUCUUCAUAGUUAACCACAGAUUGUUUACAUAAUGCAAAUGGACUGUCUGGGGUCAAGGUAAAAUAAUUAUUUGAAUAGAUUAUUAGGUCAGUUAUCUGGCAGCCAAGAAUUAGGUGCAUGUUCAAGUCAAAAUGAAUUUGUUGUUUUUAGUUGGUAUCAUUUUUCUCUAAAUAUUCAGAAACGCAGAAUGUACAUUUUAUUAAUAGGAAUGGAAGCUCAUGCUUGAAGAUUUGCAUAGGGUGGAUGUAUAUAUUUUAUAAAAGCAAGUUGUAAAAUAUGUAAAGCUACUGCUUUUUAAAUAGAAUAUAAAUGUUGACAGAUAAAUCUAUAUAUUAUAUUUUUAAUUACAUGUAUCAAACUUUUGUUAGUUGAAUAUAAACUACAUUGUGUGCUUUAUGGAAUUCAGUAACUUUUAAUAAUAAAGCAGUUGUCAUUGA